AUGCUUAAGGUAUGCUUGACACACAUGAUUUCAUGGCCUGAUAGACUUGGGCUUCCACUAUGGCACACAAGUGGAGAUGACUGCCUUUUGACCAUGAUCUUGAGAGUUAUGAACCUUUAUGACACUAAUGGUUCUCAAGUUCGGCAAGAGUUUGUACAAAAGAUAGGGAAAGUGUUUGACGCUAUACUGGAAAAGACGGGCAAAUUAAGGAAAGAAACCAAGGGAGAUAUUUAUAUAGCUAAGGCCAUUGCAAUCGUUUUGGAGAGAAAUCCACACUUAGGCAAAAGGUCUAGAUAUACGCCUUGGUCACAGUUAUUUCAGGGAAAGCAGCAGUUCUGUUGCAAUAGUUGUUCUAAGGCUGUACAUGAUGAUAUGUACUGGAGAUUGCAGGCCGUGACGGUGAUUUGGGAGAUUUUGCAUGAACACAAUUGCCGCAUUUUUCACAAUUUGGAGUUGUCGGCUACUAUGCUUGCAUGCCUUGCUGUUGACAAGCCAAUGUUGGAAGGAGGCCGACGAACCACACAUCAUUUUGUGAUAAUAAUCUAG